CAAAUUCACUCGCACGCGCUCACCCAUCUCUGUCGACUAGUCUGUGCUCCUUUUCCUCAUCGUCUCUUCCGAAAAAUCUACACUACCCCUCCACCCACCGAAUUCGCCGAAAAAUCUUCCCCGGAAUUGAAUCCCCGAUAUCUAGAGAAAAUUCCGGUGGACACUGAAUAUUGCGGCGUCUACUCGAUGAGCUCUAUCCCAGUGGAAGAUGGAAAAGAUGAGGAAGCAAAUCGAUUGUUACGAUCCCAGUCAACUUCAUCGUCUCCCAAGUCAUUAUAUUCGCCGGACGAGGAUGAUGAAGAAGAAGUUGCUUUCGAGGAACGAGAGAAGAUCUUAAUUGUCGAUUUGAAUUCGCCGGAGGCCAUCGAUUCGUGUGUCGUCCCACCGUUCUCGUGGAAGAAGCUAUGGUUGUUUACUGGGCCAGGGUUCUUGAUGAGCAUAGCCUUCUUGGAUCCGGGGAAUCUGGAAGGGGAUCUCCAGGCCGGAGCUAUUGCUGGGUACUCAUUGCUAUGGCUCUUGAUGUGGUCAACGAUUAUGGGCCUCAUGAUCCAAUUGUUGUCAGCAAGGGUUGGUGUCGCCACGGGCCGACACUUGGCGGAGCUUUGCCGGGAUGAGUAUCCUAAUUGGGCCAAAUUGGUUCUUUGGUUCAUGGCGGAGCUGGCAUUGAUUGGGGCUGAUAUUCAGGAGGUGAUUGGGAGUGCCAUUGCUAUUCAGAUUCUUAGUCAUGGGGUUUUGCCUCUUUGGGCUGGAGUCAUCAUUACAGCUUCGGAUUGUUUCAUGUUUUUAUUUCUUGAGAACUAUGGAGUGAGGAAAUUAGAAGCUGUUUUUGCAGUUCUCAUUACAACAAUGGGUCUAUCAUUUGCUUGGAUGUUUGCUGAUGCAAAACCCAGUGGAAAAGAACUUGUUACGGGUCUUUUGGUUCCUAGACUUGGCUCAAAAACUAUUCGGCAGGCUGUUGGAGUUGUUGGUUGCGUUAUUAUGCCUCACAAUGUAUUUCUGCAUUCUGCUUUGGUGCAGUCUAGAAAUGUUGAUCCCCACAAGAAAAGCAAGGUUCAAGAGGCACUGAACUACUACUCUAUUGAGUCAUCUGUCGCUCUUUUGAUUUCCUUCAUGAUCAAUUUGUUUGUGACAUCUGUGUUUGCUAAGGGGUUCUAUGGCACCAAACAAGCAGACAGUAUAGGACUAGUAAACGCAGGUCAGUAUCUUCAGGAUAAGUAUGGGGGGGGCCUCCUUCCAAUUCUUUAUAUAUGGGGAGUUGGAUUGUUGGCAGCUGGACAGAGUAGCACAAUAACCGGCACAUAUGCUGGGCAGUUUAUUAUGGGCGGUUUUCUUAACCUCCGUUUGAAGAAAUGGAUGAGAGCAUUGAUCACCAGGAGUUUUGCUAUUAUUCCAACCAUUAUUGUAGCAGUAAUAUUUAAUACAUCUGAAGCCUCUUUGGAUGUUUUGAAUGAAUGGCUUAAUGUCCUUCAGUCUAUUCAGAUUCCAUUUGCGCUUAUUCCUCUUCUUACCUUGGUAGCAAAGGAGCAGGUGAUGGGAGUCUUUAAGAUUGGGCCCGUCCUUGAGAGAGUGGCAUGGACAGUGGCUGGACUGGUAAUAGUCAUCAAUGGGUAUCUAUUGCUAGACUUUUUCAUUUCUGAAGUUAAGGGAGUCUUGUUUGGUUUUGUCGUCUGCUUCGGCACCACUGCAUACUUAGCGUUUAUUAUUUAUCUUAUUACACAUUGCGGUGUCCUUCCCUCUACUUGGUGGAGCUCACUCUCUAAAAAGAUUGCUUGCAUCAGAACGUGAUUCAACAAAACGAUACCAAUUUCUGGAAUAUUUGAAAUAUAGCGCUUCUCACACAAAAGCAGAGUCUGUGCUUACCACGGGUGGUCCAUCUGUUUCGAGAAGAAAUAUUCUUUCAUAAUAACUUCCUCUAACCAUGGUGCAUUCAGAAACAAGGAAAACAAAAAAGGUUCCUCUACAACUGUAAACAAUUAAUAGCAUUUUGUAUUAUUUUCUUACUGCCGUUUCUGCUUAUUGAAGCUACGUAUGUUCUUUCUAUAUUUAUGGAAAUAAUUGAGAAUUAAAGGCGUUUCCCUUAUAGAGGAUGAACAUAACACUAAGAUACUGUAAAAGAUUCAAUAUGUCAUUUUUAAGUACAAGUGCAUUCGAAUAGGCUGCGUAGUCAUUUUUUGAUGUAAUAUUUCUUAUGUACCAUAGUCAAGUCGCUCAUAUUAGUUCCACAUUGUUACAAGUCAAUCUACAUCAAGACAAUCUAGUGAACUUUGCUUGCUUCUUA